AUGGCCAAAAAACCAGUUUGUUUAUUAGUCUUAUAUUCAGGUGGACAACACGCAAAAGACCAACCAAAAUUAUUAGGUGCUGUUGAAAAUGAAUUAGGAUUAAAAAAAUUCAUUGAAGAUCACGGUUAUGAAUUAAUUGCAACUUCAGAUAAAGAUGGUCCAGAUUCAACUUUUGAAAAAUAUUUACCAGAAGCUGAAAUUAUUAUUACUACUCCAUUCUUCCCAGCUUAUGUUACUGCUGAAAGAAUUGCUAAAGCUCCAAAUUUAAAAAUCUGUAUUACUGCAGGUGUUGGUUCAGAUCAUGUUGAUUUAAAUGCUGCUAACAAAAGAGGUAUUUCAGUUAUUGAAGUUACUGGAUCAAAUGUUCAAUCAGUUGCUGAACACGCUGUUAUGACUAUGUUAGUCUUGAUCAGAAACUAUAACAUUGGUCAUCAACAAUAUCUUAAUGGUGGUUGGGAUGUUGCUGCGGUUGCUAAAGAUGAAUAUGACUUAGAAGGUAAAGUUGUUGCUACUGUUGGUGCUGGUAGAAUUGGUUACAGAAUCUUAGAAAGAUUAGUUCCAUUCAAUGUUAAGAAAUUGUUAUACUAUGACUAUCAACCAUUACCAGCUGCCGCAGUUGAAAAAAUUAACGCUGCUUCAAAAUUAUAUAAUGAUGUUGAUGUUAUCCUUGAACAAGUUGAUAGUUUAGAAGCUUUAGUUGCUGAAGCUGACAUUGUCACUAUAAAUUGUCCAUUACAUGAACAAACUAAAGGAUUAUUUGAUAAAGCUUUAAUUUCAAAAAUGAAGAAAGGUUCUUAUUUAGUCAACACUGCUAGAGGGGCUAUUUGUGAUACUGAUGCCGUUGCUGAUGCGGUAAACAGUGGUCAUAUUGCUUAUGGAGGGGAUGUUUCUAGCAUACAACCUGCACCUAAGGACUUCCCAUGGAGAAAGAUGCAUAAUCCAUUUGGAUUUGAUUAUGGAAAUGCAAUGACCAUCCAUACAUCAGGAACUAGUCUUGAUGCUCAGGCUCGUUAUGCUGGGGGAGUUAAGCAAAUACUUACUGAGUAUUUUGACAAAACUUACAAAUAUAGACCUCAAGAUGUUAUUUGUAUUGAUGGUGAUUAUGCUACUAAAGCUUAUGGUCAACGUGAUGCUGCAAAAAAGUAA